AGCCCCACUCCAACCAUGGUGGCAGCGCCUACUCAGCCCCAGUCCAGGGAAGGACCCUGGAGCCUGGAGUCAGAGCCCCCUGCACUUCAUAUCACAGCUCCUCUACCUCCAGGGCCCAGUAUGGCAAUGCCCACCCCAGGCCCAGCAGAGAGGCCCAAUACUACACCCCCUAGCAGGGCAUGGACUCCGACCCGAGAAGGUCCUGGAGACAUAGGCAGGCCCUGGGCUCAAGAGGUCAUGUCGCAGACCACAGGGCUUGGGAUUGAGGGGACCAUCACCACCUCUACGGCUUCAGGGGACGAUGAGGAGACCACCACCACCAGCACCAUCAUCACCACCACCAUCACCACAGUCCAGCCACCAGGCCCUUGUAGCUGGAAUUUCUCAGGCCCAGAGGGCGCUCUGGACUCCCCCACGGGCCCCAGCUCACCCCUUGAUGUCGGCCUGGACUGUUUCUACUACAUCUCCGUCUAUCCUGGCUACGGUGUGGAAAUCAAGGUCCAGAACAUCAGCCUCCGAGAAGGGGAGACAGUAACUGUGGAGGGCCUCGGGGGGCCUGACCCCUUGCCCCUGGCCAACGAGUCUUUCCUGCUGAGGGGCCACGUCAUCCGCAGCCCCACCCACCAAGCGGCCCUGAGGUUCCAGAGCCUCCCACCACCUGCUGGGCCUGGCACCUUCCAUUUCUACUACCAAGCCUAUCUCCUGAGCUGCCACUUUCCCCGACGUCCAGCUUAUGGAGCUGUGACUGUCACCAGCCUCCACCCAGGAGGUAGUGCCCGCUUCCACUGUGCCACUGGCUACCAGCUGAAGGGUGCCAGGCUCCUUACCUGUCUCAACGCCACCCAGCCCUUAUGGGAUUCUCAGGAGCCUGUCUGCAUUGCUUCCUGCGGUGGAGUGAUCCGCAAUGCCACCACGGGCCGUAUCGUCUCUCCCGGCUUCCCGGGCAACUACAGCAUCAACCUCACCUGCCACUGGCUGCUUGAGGCUCCCGAGGGCCAGCGGCUGCACCUGCACUUUGAGAAGGUUUCCCUGGCAGAGGAUGACGACAGGCUCAUCAUCCGCAAUGGGGACAAUGUGGAGGCCCCGCCCGUGUAUGAUUCCUACGAGGUGGAGUACCUGCCCAUUGAGGGCCUGCUCAGCUCCGGCCGACACUUCUUUGUGGAGCUCAGUACUGACAGCAGUGGGGCGGCUGCAGGCAUGGCCCUGCGCUAUGAGGCCUUCCAGCAAGGCCAUUGCUAUGAGCCCUUUGUCAAAUACGGAAACUUCAGCAGCAGCGCACCCUCCUACCCUGUGGGUACCACCGUGGAGUUCAGCUGCGACCCUGGCUACACCCUAGAGCAGGGCUCCAUCAUCAUUGAGUGCGUUGACCCUCAUGACCCCCAAUGGAAUGAGACAGAGCCCGCCUGCCGAGCUGUGUGCAGUGGGGAGAUCACAGACUCGGCCGGCGUGGUGCUCUCCCCCAACUGGCCAGAGCCCUACGGCCGUGGGCAGGACUGCAUCUGGGGCGUGCAUGUGGAGGAAGACAAGCGCAUCAUGCUGGACAUCCGAGUGCUGCGCAUAGGCCCUGGUGACGUGCUUACCUUCUACGAUGGGGAUGACCUGACAGCCCGGGUGCUGGGCCAGUACUCUGGGCCCCGUGGCCACUUCAAGCUCUUUACCUCCAUGGCCGACGUCACCAUACAGUUCCAGUCGGACCCCGGGGCCUCAGUGCUGGGCUACCAGCAGGGCUUUGUCAUCCACUUCUUUGAGGUGCCCCGUAAUGACACGUGUCCGGAGCUGCCUGAGAUCCCCAAUGGCUGGAAGAGCCCGUCGCAGCCUGAGCUGGUACAUGGCACUGUCGUCACUUACCAGUGCUAUCCUGGCUACCAGGUGGUGGGAUCCAGUGUCCUCAUGUGCCAGUGGGACCUAACCUGGAGUGAGGACCUGCCCUCCUGCCAGAGGGUGACUUCCUGCCAUGACCCUGGGGAUGUGGAGCACAGCCGACGCCUCAUAUCUAGCCCCAAGUUUCCCGUGGGGGCCACUGUGCAGUACAUCUGUGACCAGGGUUUUGUGCUGACGGGUAGUGCCAUCCUCACCUGCCAUGACCGCCAAGCCAGCAGCCCCAAGUGGAGCGACCGGCCCCCCAAAUGUCUCCUGGAACAUCUCAAGCCGUGCCAUGGCCUCAGCGCCCCCGAGAAUGGUGCCCGCAGUCCUGAGAAGCAGCUGCACCCAGCGGGGGCUACUAUCCACUUCUCAUGUGCCCCUGGCUACGUGCUGAAGGGCCAGGCCAGCAUUAAGUGUGUGCCCGGACACCCCUCACAUUGGAGUGACCCCCCACCCAUCUGUAGGGCUGCCUCUCUGGAUGGCUUCUACAGCGGCCGCAGCCUGGAUGUUGCCAAGGCGCCUGCUGCCUCCAGCACCCUGGAUGCUGCUCACAUUGCAGCUGCCAUCUUCUUGCCGCUGGUGGCAAUGGCGCUCUUGGUGGGAGGUGUGUACCUCUACUUCUCCAGGCUCCAGGGGAAAAGCCCCCUGCAGCUGCCCCGAACACGACCCCGCCCUUAUGACCGCAUCACCGUGGAGUCAGCAUUUGACAAUCCGACUUACGAGACUGGAGAGACGAGAGAAUAUGAAGUCUCCAUCUAGGUGGGGCAGCCUGGGGAAGCCGGCUCAGCCCUGCAUCACAGCCCAGCAGCAGAGCUUCCUGCUGUCCCUCCACCUCCUGUACAUACCACCUGGGAAGAGAUGCCACCAAUCCCUCAAGAAGU